CUGAUUUGUGACCCACCUGGAAAAUCAGGAAGCUGCAGCUCACAGGAGGCUCACCGUUAAAGAAAGUAGAAGGCAGCCCAGGCUAAACAAAUGCCAGCCCUUAAACUGCUUGUGCAGGAAUUGAAGAACAGACUUCCUCAGGGGAUUAUUCUGUCCUUCUGUGUCAAAACAGAACUGCUGACUUCAGCGAAAAAGACACAUGCUUUGCAAGAUCAUUUCCAGUACUGAUGACAGAGUUACGUUGCUCCGCAGGGCCUCAUACUUUCGUUUACUUAAUUUAUAAAUCACACCCUGCCUUCUUCUCCCUCAAAAAAAAAAAAAAAAAAAAAAAUUGUGGUAGCAUAUUACAAAAGCAAACAAAAUGAGCAUCCACGUGAUCACAAUAGAAACAAGGUAAGACAGGUAGAGGGACAUGUUUGGUUAGAAAAUAUGCCAAAAGGAAAAUCCAUAUUAUUUCCGUGAAUUGUGCAUUCAAGUGGCCAAAAGAAAGCAGUCAAAGGAAGAGCCAAGUAGCCAAAGAAAGAAGGAAGGAAGGUGUAUGAUCAAGCCACUCAAGAUGGCUGUUCUCUUGCUCUCUGUACCAACCUCCCGGGACCAGUGCCUGCUUCACCUAUACCCUACUUAGAAUGGCUGACCUUCAUUACGUACUUGCCCCAGACCCCAGCUAGUGAUUGUUCUAAUCAAAGGGGUGGGGCAUGCCCCUCUGCUAGUUUCCCUGGUAACUGAAGAGCCAACCGGAUUUCAAUUCCCACUAUAAUUGGCAAUCUUCCCUUCCUCCUAGGAGGGAAGCCUGCCGCCAUGUCCUGCCGGCCGCUGUGGGAAGUCGCUCCAGGACCUUGCUUCAAACGUCUCUCAUUCCUGCAAAGAAUGAGUUUGAGCCACGUGGAGAUUAUGCCUUUAGGCCAUUCAAGUCCUCAAGGAGCACAGAGACCAUCCUGGAAGAAAUGGCUACUCUACUCAACAAUAGUUAUUUUGCUAUUACUUUGCUCCUUCAGUACACUAAUCUUUACUUUUCUUCCACUCAAGACUGCCAGUGGGCCCUGUAUAGCGAAGUUUGGACCAUUACCUUCAAAAUGGCAAAUGCCCUCUCCUGAGCCUUCUUGUGUGACUAAGACAGCUGAUUGGAGGCUGAAAAUACUUCAGAAUGGUUUGUAUUUAAUUUACGGCCAAGUGGCUCCCAAUACAGCCUACAAGGGGCGAGCUCCUUUUGAGGCACUGCUACGUAAGAAUGAAGACCCCAUACAAGCUCUAACGAACAACUCUACAAUCCAGAACGUAGGAGGGGCUUAUGAAUUCCAUGCUGGAGAUGUAAUAGACUUGAUAUUCAACGCUGAACAUCAGGUUCUAAAAAAUAACACAUACUGGGGGAUCUAUUUGCUAGCAAAUCCCCAGUUCAUCUCCUAGAGACUCGAUUUGGUCUCCUCUGUCCUCUUCAGCACAUGCAGAGAUGCCAGUGGGUAGGAUGGAGGAGGAAGAGUCUCAAUGCCUACAGUUCAUCUGGGCAUACAGAUCAACACAAACAGAACUCCUCUGCAUGUGGAUUUUCAUUUCUCAUGCCUGUCUGAAUAAGACUCAGAGGGAGGACCAAAGACAUUUGGUACCCUUGACGUUAGGUCAGCAAAGGCACUUUACUAGUUCAUGAUAAAAUGAAUACGGGUGGCUAGAGGACAGAAUCUUCUCAAAGUGUCUUUGUCUAAUCCUUGACUCCCUGGGUGGAAAAAAAUGAACUCUUAUUCCCAUGGGAGCCUUACCUGGUAUGAAAAAAGAUCUAGGGCAGUAGCCUGGCCUUGUUCUCAUACUCUUGGGCCGUGGAUUUCUUGACUUCAUUCUUCCCAUAUUCCCAUCUUCUGAGACCCUCCUAAUAAAAAGUAGUCAGACUUGGAGGGUGGCCACAGAUAGGCCAGCAAUACACCACUUUAGAUUUGAUGGCAUUAGAGGAUAGAGAACACUCUUGAGAACUGUUGGGACAGAGGCAAAGGUGGCAUUGGAAUGGAACGCACUUUAUUCGGGAACUUUCCUUGAUUUUAUCAUACUCAGGACGCAGGGUGCUUUAUAAAACUAGCUGGUCAAAAGGGUCAUUCUGAACCUUCACAUAGGGCUUCAAGAGAACUUGUGUAUGUGUCUAAACAUUGUCAGUAGUAAAGAAAGAGUAAUCAUUACUAAUCAUAAGAUUUACCCCAGAAAUUGAUAUUACCAUUACUGUAUUUUGUCAUGUAAUGAUUUCAUAUUUUUAGCUAGCUCUGCACAGUUUGCAAAGUGCUUUCAUAUAUCACAUGACAAUUCUAUGAAGUUAAUGGAGCAGGUAUUUUUGGCACAGUUUUAACAAUGAGAAUUUGGAGGCAGAUGGAACGUAGGUAACUUGUUUCAACCCACAGGACUAGUGAUUAACAAGGGGCCCUGGGCUUCCCACUGUAUCACACUGUUCUAG